ACAAAUUCCGAUUGUAAUGAUAAAAACAUUGCUCAAGUCAUGUCCCAUUCUGUAAGACAGUGAUUUCUGCGGAACACAGCCAUGCUCUUGGGUAUCGCAUGUUUAGCGCUAACACAAGUGAUAUUUUACAGAGGUUACUCUGUUGAGGCAUGCCGUAGCGACCAUGACUGCCCCCCCUGUGCAGAUUACAACUUGCACGCCACAUGUGUUGACAUUCACGGGGACCACAGACCGCCCUAUUGUGAUUGCAAGCAAGUUGCAUGCAGGCAAGACAGUGACUGUAACUGUGGAAGUGAAACAUUUCAAGCAAAUUGUCAUCAUCAAUCGGGACACCAACAGUCCGUGUGUAGCAGUUGCCAUCCAGUCCAUUGUGAUCCCAGUCCGUGUCUUACCAAUACGCAGAUUUGUGUAGCAGAACAAUACUUUGGGUCAAACCACAUGGUAACCUACUACAGUUGCAAGGAUCGUUGUAGCGAGUUUUGCUCGAAUGGAACGAUCUGCAUGAUGAACUAUAGGAGUGGCGUUCACGAGUGUAAAGACCCGUGUGUACCAAAUCCUUGUUCAAGUGGGAAGACCUGUGUUGAUAAGAAAGAUAAUCCAUUCUACGUAUGUGAAGCUCCACACACAACUUCAAAACCAACUGUUCCACCGACCACAACAGAACCAAGCACAUCCAGAACAACUCACCAAACGACCACAGGAGCAGCUAGCACAUCGUCACCUGUACCCACGCAGGCACCGCCGGAUUGCUCUCAGUUCAACUUCACAUUACAUGGAUGCCGCGACAACUCGGCCUGCGAUCUGCCUCAUGUGCUGGAAGUCAUAUGUCCGUACCCCAAUGAGGCGAAGUAUUGUCCUACGAAAUGUGGAUGUUGCUCAACCCCGUUGAUAGGCUAAGAGAACCAUCACAACGCCCGACGGAACAUAAAUUUGUCCUAGCGUUGUUUGUUAAUUACAAAUAAAAAACAUCAUAGCAUUAUAA